CACGGCAAACGUUAAAAUAAUUUAGGAAAUUUCAAGAUUUAACAUUAAACACUUUCUCUCUCUUCUUCUUGUUCUUCUUCUUCUUCUCCGUCUCUCCAUCGUUGCGCAACCGCACAGUUCGUAUCGUUUCAAUUUUCAUCUCCCUUCUUGUCCUCACGGAAUUUCCGAUGCUUUUGCCGUUGUUGAUUGUGUCACUACCUACAAUUUCAUUGUGCUGAUUUAGUCUCAAUUGGAGAAAGCCAAAAGAGAUAUAUCUCUUUUAAUCAGUAUCGGAAUUUCGAAUCUAGGGUUUUAGAGUCCCGGAUUUCACUAGGUUGCUGUUCUUGGUCUUGCACAUGGUGGGGGUAAAAGUCUGAUUUUGGUGUUUGAAUUGUAUAAUCCUACGGAGUUCGCAUUGAGAUGGGUGAUGUUGAAAUUCCCAAUUGGCUAAAAGCCUUGCCUUUGGCACCUGUCUUUAGACCUACGGACACCGAAUUCGCAGAUCCUAUCGCGUAUAUAUCGAAAAUCGAGAAAGAGGCCAGUGCUUUUGGGAUCUGCAAGAUCAUUCCUCCUUUACCCAAGCCGUCGAAAAAGUAUGUUUUCUACAACUUGAACAAGUCUCUUUUGAGGUGUCCUGAAUUGGCUUCGGAUGUAGACAUUUCGAAAGUGUGUCAAGAGGAUAGAGCUGUGUUCACCACUAGGCAGCAAGAGUUAGGGCAGGCUGUAAAACGAAAGAAAGGAGGAGAGAGCAGUAAGAGCAAUUCUCAAAGGAGUGGCGUUAAGCAGGUGUGGCAAAGUGGAGGCGUGUACACGUUGGAGCAGUUCGAAUCUAAGUCAAAAACUUUCUACAAAAGCCAGUUAGGAACCACAAAAGAAGUGCCACCGGUUGUGGUUGAGGCAUUGUUCUGGAAAGCAGCUUUAGAGAAGCCUAUAUACAUAGAGUAUGCAAAUGAUGUGCCUGGCUCGGCUUUCGGUGAACCAGAGGGUCAUUUCAGGCAUUUUCGGCAGAGAAAGAGGAGAGGGAGAGGAUUUUAUCAGAGGAAGGCAGAGGUCAGUGAAGACAGCGGAGUAGAAAACGGGACGAAUAGUCAAGAACCAACCUGCAAGAAUGGUGAGAAAACAUUGCCUGAGGUAGCAAAGGCAUCUCUUGCUUCUCCGAGUUUAUUAUCUCAGGAUCCGUCCAAGCAGAAGAACAUGGAUAUUGUUGAUGAAAUGGAAGGUACUGCAGGCUGGAAGCUCUCCAACAGUUCAUGGAACCUUCAGAUGAUUGCACGUUCACCUGGAUCUGUUACACGCUUCAUGCCAGAUGACAUCCCUGGUGUCACAUCUCCCAUGGUUUAUAUCGGUAUGUUGUUCAGCUGGUUUGCCUGGCACGUUGAGGACCAUGAGCUUCACAGUAUGAAUUACCUUCACACUGGCUCGCCAAAGACGUGGUACGCUGUCCCUGGUGAUUAUGCAUUUGACUUUGAAGAGGUUAUCCGCAAAAAUUCGUAUGGCAGAAACAUUGAUCAACUGGCUGCUCUCACCCAACUAGGCGAAAAGACAACUCUUGUAUCACCUGAGAUGAUAAUUGCAUCUGACAUUCCCUGCUGUAGGUUGGUACAGAAUCCUGGUGAAUUUGUUGUGACUUUUCCGAGGUCUUAUCAUGUAGGAUUCAGCCACGGUUUUAACUGUGGGGAAGCCGCUAAUUUUGGAACUCCACAAUGGCUCAACGUAGCUAAGGAAGCUGCUGUGCGACGGGCAGCCAUGAAUUAUCUUCCCAUGCUGUCCCAUCAGCAGCUGCUAUAUCUCUUGACCAUAGUGCCACGAUCAUUACUACCAGGUGGUCGUAGCUCCCGACUGAGAGAUCGUCAGAGAGAAGAAAGGGAGUUCCUUGUGAAAAAAGCUUUUGUAGAAGAUAUACUGAACGAAAACAAGAAUUUAUCUGUUCUUCAUCGAGAACCGGGAUUUCGUUUGGUGAUGUGGGACCCUGAUUUACUCCCGCGUCAUAGUGUACAUGGUCUUGUAACUGUUGGGGGUGCUGCUGUUUCAUCUCCAGCAGAGGGAAAAAAUGAACUUGAGGAGAAGAAUAAAGAGAAGACUACUCUUUUAGAGGAAUUGAGUUUGUUCAUGGAGAAGCUGAAAGAUGUAUACUACGACGAUGAUGAUGGUCUGCUUAAUGAUUUCCAGGUUGAUUCUGGAACCUUGGCAUGUGUGGCGUGUGGCGUUCUUGGCUUCCCCUUUAUGUCUGUGGUACAGCCUUCUGAAAAUGCAUUAAAUGAUCUUUCAGAGAGACGAGGAGAGAUAGAUGGUCAGGAAAUUACGGCACUGUUGUCAGAAAAGUCUGACUGUGAAUGGAACAUGUCCUCCAGGUAUAUAAGACCUCGCAUUUUCUGCCUCGAACACACUAUUGAGCUCCAGAGACUGCUGGAGUCACGAGGUGGACUGAAGUUCCUUGUAAUUUGCCAUAAAGACUUUCAAAAAUUUAAGGCAUAUGCGGCUAUAGUGGCAGAGGAAGUUAAAGUCCCUUUCAGCUAUGAUGAUAUCCUGUUAGAGAGUGCAUCUAAAGAAGAGUUGAGUCUGAUUGAUCUUGCAAUUGAAGAUGAAGAAAACAACGAACAUGGCGUAGACUGGACCUCAAAACUUGGUAUCAAUUUACGGUACUGUGUUAAAGUGAGGAAAAAUUCCCCUUCUACGAAAAUUCAGCAUGCACUGUCGCUAGGUGGCUUGUUCUCCGAUACAAACCACAUGCUAGAUAUGUCAACUAUCAAAUGGCUGCAGAGAAAAUCACGCUCAAAAGCCAAACCCAGUUGUACCUCAAGCUUCACACCUCGUGAACAUCUUGAAGUAAAAGUAGACAGAAAAUUAGGGGAGAAGGAAAAAGUUGAAUCCCAAGCCGGAAGAAAGGAAGAAAAGAUCAUCCAGUACUCGAGAAAGAAAAAGUUGAAGCCCAAGCCUUCUGAAGAACGAAGUCAGGAACUAACUAUCUCAGCUAAAUCAGAAGAUUUUGAAAACACAUGCAACACACUUGCCAAAAGGUCACAUCAUCAUGGGGCAAUGCAUUCUGAUAUGAACAAUGAAAUUGGAGAUUUUGGGAGGAAUGGGGUAUCCUUUUCAGAAAAUCAUUGUAGCUCACCUUUCACUGGGGCACGCGGACAAGAACAUCCCAAGAUCAUUAUCAAGUUUGGCUCAGCAUUACAUGGGAAUAUUACAAGCAGUUCUAGUUUGGUGAAUGGAAUCUCUGCUGACCUAACUUCCGUAACCAGAGAGCACCAAGGACACUCUAUGACCAGCAAUAAUAAUGGGUCGAACUCAAGUAAUCAUGAUGGCCCAAUAAAGCUGUCUGGUGAGCAUGUCAGUGACGUGUCUGUACGUGAUGUUGAUGAAGCGGUUGAAAUGAGCGACCAAGAGUUCGAAGAACUGAGGUCUACCGUCACUAACAUUGAGGAGGAACAGCAAUCAGAGAUGGUGAGACCAACCGCACUUCAGGUGGAGGGAGAGGAAUCUAUGUGUACGAGAGAAAUCUUGAGCUCUGAAGAUAUUAUGCACACUGAGCAGCAGCAAGAGCAAACUCAACUGGGUUUAGAAGUUCCUGAAACUGACAUUGCCAGUGAGAACAUAGUUGUGGACAUGAUCCAUGAUGAUGAACCUCUGGCAACUAGGGAUAUAUUAAGUUCAAGCAACGGUGAUCAAGCUUCUUCAAAUGGCUUGCAAGCUCUAGAUAAUGAACUUAGCAUGGAGAGCGAAGUUGCAAGCUCAGAAAACACCGAGGUUAUAGAGGCGUCGCCCAAUUCUAUUAUGCGAGAAGCAAAUAAGAAGCGGAGAAUAGAAUCAGAGUCUGAGACAAAUGAUAAUCCAGAUGGUAGCAUUGGUUUCAUAAGGAGUCCUUGUGAAGGGUUGAGGUCAAGGGGUAGGAGGAGAGUGACGCGUGAAGCUUCAGUCAGUCUCACUGAAACGAGCGAUGAAGAGAAGAAACCCGCUGCGAAAAGGUUCAAGAAAACUCCAAAGACUCGCUCGGGGAGUCAUCACCAAGAAGACUCCACGACAAGUCACCACAACCGUUGUAACCUAGAGGGAUGCAAGAUGACUUUCAAGAGUAAAGCAGAGUUACAAGCUCACCAAAGAAACCGCUGCGCACAUGAAGGGUGUGGAAAAAAAUUCAGGGCUCACAAAUAUCUGGUGCUUCAUCAACGUGUUCAUAACGAUGAUAGACCUUUUGUGUGCUCUUGGAAAGGAUGUUCCAUGACUUUCAAAUGGCCAUGGGCGAGGACCGAGCAUUUGCGUCUGCACACGGGAGAGCGACCAUACAAAUGCAAGGUCGAUGGAUGUGGAAUGUCGUUUAGGUUUGUGUCGGAUUACAGCCGCCAUAGACGGAAAAAGGGGCAUUAUGUGACAUAGAAACCCGGCAUUGAGAGAUGCACAAGAUGCUGGCCGGAGAAAGGUGAAAGGCCUCUCUGUGGAUUUGUUUUGAGCUGAUGUGAAAUCUAAUUUCUGGUUGUUUUUUUUUUUUUACUCUAUAGUUUGAUUGUCUAGGUGUUUUAGAGACAGUUGUUAUGUCUCUUUUGUAGAUGUAACCUCUUUCCACUUGAAGGCCUCACACUGUCUUUGUUUGCUUUGUUGUUUAAUUAGUAGUAUCCAUUGGCUUUUAAAAUGUUAAUACGAAUGAUUCAUCCAUUUAAACCCACAAAGUCUUCUUGUGUUUGUUCUA